AUGAAGAAGCUGAAAACUAAGCCUACACAUCACAGUGUCCGGGAACUGCGAGCUUUAGGCCUGACCCCUCACUUUUUAGCAUGCCGUUCAGCUCAGCCAUUGUUGGAAAACACAAAGCAGAAACUCUCACAAUUUUGUCAUGUACCUGCUGCCAACAUUCUUAAUAUACAUGAUGUUCCAAACAUUUGUCAUGUUCCUCUUUUACUUCGGAACCAAAAUGCUCAUGAGGCAAUCCUGAAACAGCUAGCACUACUGCGUGGACUAACAGGGCAGAAACUUUUUGACAACCUCACCAAUUCUGUGAAGAUUGCAAUGGUUGGGAAAUAUGUUGGCCUAACAGACUCUUAUUUGUCUGUUGUUAAGGCCCUUCUCCAUGCAUGCAUUGCAUACAUAGAUCAAAUGCCUUUGGUGUCUGCGAAGAGUAAAUCAGAACCUUCCAAGCCUUCUCUUACACCUGAAGAAAGAAAAGCAAAAGCACAAGAACUGAACGAGAAAGCAAAAAGAAAGAGGAGGAAGAAAAGAGAAUGGAAAGAGAAAGAGAGAAGGAAACGCAUGGAGGAAGAAAAUGAAAGAAAACGCAUUAUAGCCUUGCGUAAAGCAGAAAAGGAAGAGGAAAGAAGGGCUAGAGAAAAAAUCAGACAAAAGUUGGAAGAAGAUAAGGCUGAAAGGAGGAGGAAGCUUGGAUUGCCUGCAGAAGACCUCACUGCAACUAAACCUUCUGCACCUAUAGUUGAGGAAAAGAAGAAUUGAACCAACUCUUCACAAGGCAAGAGCAGCUAGAAGAAAACUUCAGGCACCAACUCUUCACAAGGCAAGAGCAGCUAGAAGAAAGCUUCAGGUACAAUGUCAUUGAUGCAGAGAUAGCUGUUGGCCAACAUGCUGAAAAAAGAGUGUUUUUACCAAGAAUUCCUCUAUGUCUGUCUGACGAUGAGAUGUUCCCAUUCAAACUUAAGAGAAAGCAGUUUCCAAUUCAGCUUAGUUUCUCUAUGACAAUCAACAAAGCUCAAGGACAAACAAUUCCAAAUGUAGGUGUUUAUCUACCAGAAUCGGUAUUCUCACAUGGCCAGCUUUAUGUGGCGUUGUCCAGAGGAAUAUCAUGUGUCAAUACCAAGGUAUUAGUAAAGCUGGAAAAAACGUUUGAUAAUGAUGGAAUCUACACAUCAAACGUUGUGUACAAAGAAGUGUUAUGUGAUUAACAAGGGAUAGCAGAUGAAACAACAUGAUUGCAGAUUGGUGUAGUUUAUAUAUUGGACAUAUUAUAAAUGUACAAAACUACAUGGUUGCAGAUUGUUGUUAUUUAUAUAUUGUAAAAUCAAGUAUGAACUAUUAGAUGAAUUAUUUGAGAUGUAGACUCAACUUUUGUCGUAUUGUAUGACUACGCACCUAACAAGAAACUAUCUGUUGAAAUGAACUAUUUGACAC